AACAACUGUCAAAAGCUGCGCACGCAUCAACACCCAGCCCACUGUCAGAAAACAUCUGUUUCACUUGUCAUAGACAUCUGCGAUGUCGGCGAAUAAAAAGAAUGAGGAGGGUUUGGAGCACAUCCGAAACGCGGAAAAACACCUUAAAACAUCACUGUUAAAGUGGCGACCUGACUAUGAAUCGGCUGCUGAUGAUUACAACAAAGCAGCAACGUGUUUUCGUAACGCAAAAAACUUUGCCCAAUGUAAGGAGUGUUUGUUGAAAGCUGUCGACUGCCAUAAACAAAACAGAGCGUUGUUUUCGGCCGCCAAGGCUCUAGAUCAGGCUGUUUUAGUGUGCAAGGAACUCGGGGAUUUACAGGAUGUUGCCUCUUUGGCAGAAAGGGCUGCCAACAUGUUUCAGAGCCAUGGCAGUGCGGACACAGCAGCGGCCUCUUUGGACAAAGCAGCGAAGAUUUUGGAGGCGCAGCACCCGGAACAGGCCCUCAGGCUGUUCCAGCAUGCCUCAGAAAUCGCAAUGAUUCAAGACAGUUCGAGACAAGCCGCCGAAUACGUCAGCAAAGUGGCCCGUCUCCACGUCAAAUUACAACAGUAUGACCUCGCUGCAGACGCCAUCCGUCGCGAACUGGGCCUCCACCAGCAAAACGAGUCUUACCAAGCCACCGGCCGUCUGGCCGUCGCCCUAGUCCUGGUGCAGUUGGCCCGUGGCGACGUCGUCGCCGCUGAAAAAGCCUUCAAAGAAUGGGGCAACUACUGCGAGGCCCCCGAAGUGCAAACGCUCGAAAUGCUCCUGCAAGCCUACGACGAGGAGGAUCCUGAAGCGGCCAAGAGGGCCCUCAGCAACCCCUUCAUCAAACACAUGGACGUGGAGUACGCCAUCCUGGCCAGAGACAUGCCCCUGCCUGAGGGCAUCGCUACGCCCCCUAAAGCCACAGUCAGGGAAAACGCGGCUCCGAGUUACGUCUCCCCCAACUCGCAGACGACGGCCACGAUCGAAGACCGGCCGGAGGAAAGGGGCGAAGCGCAAGGGGGCGCCAGUGACGACGAGUUGGAAGGGGGAUUGUGCUAAGCGGUCUUGAGUUUUAGGCGGAGUUUAGUCCGGGAGCAAGCUACUAUGUUUUAAUUGGACGAUUUUUAAAGUAAAACCAACGAUUUGAAAAAGUUUUUUUACAAAAACCGUGGUACUAACCCCCUGACUCACCUAGAAUUAUUUUCAAAUAUACAGAGUGUUUCAUAAAUGAGCUACAAAACAGACAUUCUAUUUUAACGGACGGGAUUUUAUCUAUCAGUAGAAGUAAGUUUUUCUUUAAUUUUUCCACAAGUCAUUUGCCGUCACAUUGUUCUAGAAUUCUAGAACAUUGUUUUGGAAUAACGAAGCUACGAAUAUUUCGCUAAAAUGUUUUAUUUGAAAUUAUCUGUUCAAGAAAAAUCAAUAAAUCAAACAAACCUCUCAUGCAACAAUUAGUUAUCUGACAUAUAUUUUUUUAAUUUUUUUUAUUGGUGACCUUUUAUCCAAUUCUUACACAAUUAUUGUGCCGUUUAAUUUUAUUCAGUUUGUUACGUGCUCUUUUCGCAAACGAACGCCUUUUCAUAAAAUCAAAAUUUUGAGGUUUAAAAGUUGUUUAACUUUAUUUACUUAUUUAUUUAAAUAAGAAUAAGAACUAAUAAGAAAAGGAGGAAGCAAUCUGGAUUAAAGGGUUAGUCUGCAAUACUUCCUUUUUAGAAAAAAUAAGUACUUUAUUAAUUCUGUAAUAUUUAUAUUUAAUGGCAAUUUGGUUAAAAAAAUCAUCAAGGUCACAAUAACCGAAAAUUUAUAUCAGAGGUAUGACUUUUAAACGUAAAAUUGUCUAAGGAUUCUCAAUCUGUUCUCAUCUUUCGUCCACGAUUCGUGAUUUUUAAGAUAUUAGUCAAAACAUGUCGAUUUUAAUUUUUUCAAUCUCCCAAAAAAUAAAAAAAAUAUAAAACAAUAGCCAUUGAUCUAAAACGACUUGUAGUCCUUUUCACUAGUUAAUUAUCUAUUUCUGAGCAAAAUUUUAUCACAAUUGAGUCAAAACUGUGCACAUAAUAAAAGUAAAACAACUUUGUCAAAAAAAUUCUUACCAACCAAUCUUUAAAAAAAUCAUCAAAGUCACAAUAACCGAAACUUUAUUUCAAAAGUAUAUCUAUCUAACGUAAAAUUGUCCGAGGAUUCCAAAUCCGUCUUCCUUUUUGUUCUGCGAUUCGUAGUCUUGGAGAUAUUGGACGAAAUAUGACCGAUUUUAAUUUUUUUAAUUUUCCAAAAUUUAAAAAAUAUAAAAAGACUGAAAUUAAUCUAAAACGACUUGUGCCCUUUUUACUAGUUAAUUGUCUAUUUCUGUGCUAAAUUCUGUGCCAAUCGGGUCAAAAUUGUGCAAAUUAUCUAGGUAAAACAACUUUGUCAAAAAAAAAUUUCUUACUAUCUUAUCUUCAAAAAAUUAUCAAUGACACAAUAACCGAAAAUUUAUUUCAAAUGUAUGUUUAUCUGACGUAGAAUUGCCUGACAAUUCCAAAUCUGUAAUCAUUUUUGUUGUUUUAUUCGUAGUUUUCGAGAUAUCAGACGAAAUGUGGUCGAUUUUAAUUUUUCCAAUAUACCAAAAAUAAGAGAAAAAUAUAAAAAAAUAUUAAAAUGAUCUAAGACGACUUGUGUCCUUUUUACUAGUUAAUUAUCUAUUUCUGUGCAAAAUUUGAUGGGAAUUAAGUCAAAAUUGUGCAAAUAAUCUGAAUAAAUCAAUUUGGUUAAAUUUUUACUUACAAACCUAACAAUAAAAAAUCAUUAAAAUUACAAUAACCGAAAGUUUAUGUCAAAAAUAUGUCUAUUUAAUUUAAAAUUGUCUGAGGAUCCCAAAUCAGUCAUCAUUUUUGUUGUAAUUUUGGAAAUUUUUUGUAGAAAAAUUAUUAGUUGAACAUUUUAAAAUUUUACUUGUUCUUUCGUAACGCAUGUAAAGUAUGUAUCAUUUAUUAAAAAUAUACCCUUUAUUUAUUUGUCAAAAUCCCUAUGCCAUCUGAAGUUUUUCUUCCAUGAAGUUUAUAUGUUUUAAAAUAGAAAUUUUAAUUGAAAUUUAAAAACUAAACAAAACGAAUGAAAAACGAACAAUUACUAAAAACAUUAAUUUUUUAACGCCCAUGACAAGUGUUGAAAUUAGUAUUUAUUUAGCUGCAAGUUAUUAACCCACCACAAUAUUGUCAACUGAAAGUCCUACUUCUCUACGAUUUUUAGUUUUUCUGUAAUUAAUUUAAAAAAGCGUAUUUCCGUCAAAAAAUCAAAUUAUUUCAAAAUAUAUUAGUUUGUAUUGUUUGAAACACCCUGUAUAUUUGAGAAUAAUUUUAGGUCAGUCAAGGUGUUGGUAUUACGGUUUUUGGAAAAAAUAUAUUUUUCAAUAAAUUAUUUAAAGGUCAGUUAUGGACUUUUUCAACUCGGUAGGAUAUCUUCCUUCUGGAUAAUGUUAGAAAAUUAUUUUUUUGCAAAAGAUACGUCAGUUAAUGUAGUUUCAAACGUACAUACAUACACAAGCUCGAGUUUUGGCAAAAUAAAAUUUUGAAAAUUAAAUUUUUCUUGUAAAUUGUCGUGAAAUUUUAGAAAUGCGAGAUUUUUUUAUUUCAGAAGAAGAAAAUUAUGAAAAACUAUCCAAAAAUAUUGAACUAUUUUAAAUAAAUAAAUGAUUGAUUUAUUAACCAACAGGCCUGCCUAAGCCCAAAUAAAGGUUAAUGUUCAGUGAAUAUACAUCAAGUUACGAAAAUACAGUAAAUUUAAUUUCAAGUACAACACCUUUAAUACUGAACAAAAACGCUUUAUUUUUAUGAAAACCUACGUAAGAUGAUCAGAGAAAUUGAUUAGCAUUGAAAAAACAGUAAAAUUUUUGAUAGUUUUCAACUUAUCAACGAAUAAAUCCUGUAUUAUAGAAUUUAAAAGUUACAAUAAAAUAUACUACUAUAAACUUUAUAAUAGACUUACUUCUCUGUUCAAAUCAUUGUGGUAAGAUUGGUAAACUUAAUCAUUAUUUUCAUUAAAAACCAUUUAAUUGUUAAGUUAAAGUUAAUAGUGAUGCCAUUUUUUGUUUAACUAAUUUUAUCGAUGUUUUUGAAGUUGUUUGAAUUUGCUGUUUAAUUAAUUUUGUUAUCAAAUCCCUUGAAAAUACAUGUACAGGGUGUCUCACGAGGGACACGGAUUAAGCAAAAAAAAAGAUCUGUAUUUUUUAUUUUUUUAAACGUUUUUUGUGGUAUUAUAAGCCUCCAAAAGUUACCCAAAAAUUCAUAUUUUUAUCUUUAAAAAUACUUUUUUUUAUAAAGUUUUUUCCAAAAACUAUUUAAUCAUUUAUAUCAGAAAUUAUUUCGGCUUUGGUAUUUCUAGAAUUCUACAUUAACUGUAGAAAUAAUGAACUUUCUGACUUUAUCCAGAAGAAAGAUCCGAUAUAAACCCAAAAUUUGCCCAAUUUCAAAGUUUCAAACUUGUGAUUUGAAUUCAUCUGAAAAUUUCCUAUAAGAAAUGAGCGUUUUUUUGAAGUGCUUGCCCCCCGACUAGUUGGAGUUGUUUUGUUAUUAACAUUCCAUCAAGUUUUUUACAACUUUGUUUAAAAACACGAAUUUGACUGAGGUUUUUAAACUUAAGCUUAACUCUUGUUGUUUUCAUAAAGAGUUUUUCAAUCUAGUCAAUUUGUUUCGUUUUUACUUUUCAGGGAGUGUAUGUUAACAUUUAACACGAUGCUCGUCACAAAUUAACUCUCGCUUGUAGAUAGUAGGUUUGAGUUACGACACAUUUGGAGUAAUAAAUGUAUUUAUUGUAACAUUCCUGUACCUAUUUGUUGUAAAUACAAGCAAAAAUAACA